AUGCGCCCCUUAGAAAUGGCGCCCCGAGCAACUGCCCAGGCUGUACCCCCUCGCCACACCACUGCAUAUCAUCCUCCUAAAUUUGUAAAAUCUCUUCAAAGUCAGCUAGCAAAAAUUGGUGAAUCUGUGGUUUUCCAGAUCGAAAUAACAUCUUCUACAACUGCUCCAACAUUAUCAUGGUUUAAAAACGACAAAAUGCUGACUGGAGACAAAAAUAUUUCGAUGUUUUCCGAUGCUACAAAACAUGGUUUAAAAAUUGCAAACGUAACCUCAGACGAUGGCGGUGUUUACAAAGUUGUAAUCAAAAACGAUUUUGGUCAACUCUCGUGCUCGGCCACAUUAGCUCUUGAUGAAGACACAGAAGAAUAUGAAAUUGAGGAAGAAGAGGAGGAGGAGGAGGAGGAAGAAGAAGAAGAAGAGGAGGAGGAUGAAUAA